GGAAAUUUGAGUGUUGAAAUCGCACAUCAUAAAACCACUAUCGUUAACAUUUUGUGGAAAGAUCCCACUCACAAAAGCCAUCCAUUUAGUGCGUGGACCCCCCACCAUUACUCCACUCUUAAAACUUCCUCAAGUCUACAACUUCAAGUCUCUCCCUCAACCUCUAUCCGUAUUUUCGUCAAACACUUAUCGUGCAAUCAGCCCCACCCAUGGCUAGCUGCGUUACCGACACGGCUCGAGCCCUGGCCUGCCGAGACGGACCUGCAGCAACCAACCUGAAGUAUAUCUCCCUCCUUAUAAUCUUUUUCACAAGCAUCUUCGGCAUCGCCUCUCCGGUGGUCCUCGCUCGCUACUUCCAUGGAAAACCAGUAUACGAUAAGGCAAUCCUAAUAAUCAAGUGCUUCGCGGCGGGCGUGAUACUCUCCACUUCCCUCGUUCACGUUCUCCCGGACGCCUACGACGCCUUGUCCGACUGCCACGUGGCAUCACAUCAUCCUUGGAAGGACUUUCCGUUUGCCGGACUAGUAACUCUAAUCGGUGCUCUGCUCGCUUUACUAGUGGACAUAACGGCGACCGCACACGUGGAGGAUAGUCAUAGGUCACCGUGCGAGUAUAAGCCGAUUGGGACGCCGGAGGAAUUAGAGGUAAAAAGAGCCGGGGAAUUGUCAAGGUUGGAGAAGGGGGAGGAACUGGUGAGGCUAAAGCAACGGCUGGUUUCACAGGUUUUGGAAAUUGGAAUAAUUUUUCACUCGAUAAUAAUUGGGGUCACGAUGGGUAUGUCACAGAAUGUGUGCACCAUUAGACCUCUGGUUGCUGCGCUGUCGUUUCACCAGAUCUUUGAAGGAAUGGGCCUUGGGGGUUGCAUUGCUCAGGCAGGAUUUAGCGUUGGGACAGUAGCAUACAUGUGCUUCAUGUUUUCAGUGACGACACCAGUGGGGAUAGUGCUAGGGAUGAUUGUAUAUUCAUUGACAGGUUAUGAUGACAGUAACCCUAAUGCCUUGAUCAUGGAAGGACUGUUGGGGUCUCUCUCUUCUGGUAUACUAAUAUACAUGGGUCUUGUUGAUUUGAUUGCUGUCGAUUUUUUCCAUAACAAGUUGAUGAAGUCUACUCCAAGAAUGAAGAAGGCAUCUUUUGUUGCCCUUGUUCUUGGCUCUACAUCUAUGUCCAUCCUUGCCCUCUGGGCUUGAAACUUGAAAUCUUAUUAUACUUCGUCUAUGUUGGUGGAUGUGAAUUCGUAACAAAUUCAAUGGUAACAUUUGUAAAAUCCCAUAUCGAAUUCAAUAUGUAGUGGUUGUUUUGUAAGGUUACUGUUUUCAAAAUAAGAAAAGUAAGUUCAAUGGGUUCUGCAUCAGCA